AACUUUCUUUUCUAUGCUCAUCAUCUCUCUCUCUACAUUGUCUGUACCAAAAAGAACACAAAACCAAACAGAAAAUUUUGUAAUUAAAGUCAUGUCAAGUCUACCUCUUCAAUCAAUAGCUUUAGUUAUUGUUAUUUCUCUCUUCUUACAAACAGAAACUGUUAAAGCUGAGUUUGUGGUAAAGAAUGUUAGUAGCAGAGGAAAAAUGAGCAGUAGCAACUGCAAUUUAUUUCAAGGAAAAUGGGUAAUUGACACUUCAUUUCCUCUUUACCAAUCUUCAAGUUGCCCUUUUAUUGACCCAGAAUUUGAUUGCCAAAAAUAUGGACGCCCUGAUAAAGAAUACCUCAAAUAUGCUUGGAAACCUGAUUCUUGCAACUUACCCAGAUUUGAUGGAAAGGAUUUCUUGAAAAGAUGGUUAGGGAAGAAAAUUAUGUUUGUGGGUGAUUCAUUGAGUUUGAAUAUGUGGGAAUCUUUAGCUUGUAUGCUACAUACGUCGGUGCCAAAUGCCACGAAUUCUUUUACCAGAAAAGAGGCAAUUUCUUCCGUGACUUUUCAGGAGUAUGGAGUAACUUUAUUUCUUUAUCGAACCCCAUAUCUAGUGGAUGUAGUAAGAGAGAACAUUGGCCGGGUGUUAAAAUUGGACUCUAUUCAACAAGGUGAAGCUUGGAAAGGAAUGGAUAUGUUGAUUUUCAACUCUUGGCAUUGGUGGACUCACAAAGGAAAAUCUCAAGGAUGGGAUUAUGUGCAAGAUGGCUCAAAAGUGUCAAAAGAUAUGGACCGUUUGAUGGCAUUUUACAAAGGCCUAACAACUUGGGCAAGAUGGGUUGAUCAAAAUGUUGAUUCUUCCAAAACCAAAGUCUUUUUCCAAGGCAUUUCUCCCACUCAUUAUAUUGGUAAAGAAUGGGGUUCCUCAACAAGGAAUUGCAAUUCAGAGCAAGUUCCAUUAUCAGGAUCAACAUAUCCAGCAGGAUUACCAGCAUCUACAAUGGUCGUUAACAAAGUAUUAACUCAGAUUAAGACACCGGUUUAUCUCCUCGAUAUCACAUUUUUGUCACAAUUAAGAAAAGAUGCUCAUCCAUCAGCUUACAGCGGCGAGCACCCCGGUGUUGAUUGUAGCCACUGGUGUCUUCCUGGAUUGCCUGAUACUUGGAACCAACUUCUUUAUGCUGCAUUGAUUAUAUGAGGAUGAAAUUAAUCCCCAUAUCGUGUUCUACUUUUGGUCUUCAUCUUCACUUAUAGUCAACGGCUGCAGUAACUCUAACUGUCCUAAGGUGGUGAAAUUCCUUAUCGCAUAAGUAGUGACCUGCACGAAUGGGGUAACGACUACUCAACUGUCUAUUAAUUGUAUAUUUUUGGAGCAAUUGGAUGCACAUUACAACAAAAAGUACAAUAAAGAGUAAAGACACCUCAAAUAGUUGUUUGUUGUUAAUUAUUUGUUUGUUUUCAUAAAUAUUAUUUGUAACAAGUCUCAAUUAUAAAGUAAUCGAUGAAUUGAAGGACAAAAAUUGUUUGGGGAUGUAAUAAGUUAAAGGGCCAAGGGACUUCUUAUUUCUGGUCACACAAUAUUAAGAGUAUCUUUGGAUUGUUUUAGCUCAAUACAAACUUUCUUCUACGA